AACAAAGACUGUGGUGCUGAACCUGUUUUGUUCAUUAUUUGUUUGUGUUAAUUAAUCCAUUAUCUAACACAGUACUAUAUUUGCAAGUUUACAUUAAAAAAAAUAUUUAAUUUGAAUAAAUGUUUAGUUCAAUGUUAGGUCAGGAUAUUUAAUCCAUCAUUAACAAAGAUUACUGUAUGUACAAAGUCAUUGUUCACUAUUAAUUCAUGUUAACUAAUGCAGUAACACAUACAUCAACAUAUGUUUAGUUAAGAUUCACACACAUUAAGUAAUGCUUAACAGAUGUGUUGUUCAUUGUUAAAUCAUGUUAACUAAUGCAUUAACAUUAUCUUAAACAACUGUAUUGUCAUACCUAUACAUGUGAAAUCACAAGUGUGUUUCUUCACAGGAUUGAAUGUCUGUUAAUGUAGAGAUGGGCACUACUGAGAAAAUCAUUAUCUUCUGUUUUCUCUUGCAAGGUGUUUGCUGUAGAGAUUUCAACAUCAGUUUGCCAGAGAAGAUUCAAGCUCUCAGUGGAUCCUGUGUGGUUAUAAAAUGCAGAUUUGACAUUAAUGACACAUAUGAUAAAAACCUCACUGAGAGAGCUGCUGGAUACUGGUUUAAAAGUGGGACUAAUGUGGACAAAAAUCUAAUAUUUAACUCUAGUGAAUCAAUGCAGAACUUAUUUAUUAAAGGGAAAAUAACUGGAAAAUUAACAGACAAGGACUGUACCACUGUCUUUUAUGAGGUCACAUCAAUUCACAGUGGUCAGUAUAUGUUUAGGAUUGAGGGUGAAGGUGGACUGAAAUGGACCUACAACAAAACCAAUGUUUCACUAGAUGUGAUUGAGUCUCCGAUGAAUCCGCGAGUUGUGUUGUAUGUGGAUAAGCAGGAGCUGCAGGGUCAGCAGGAGGUGUUGGAGGGCAGAUCUGUGAGUCUGCGCUGCUCUGCUGAGACUCUCUGCUCUUCUCCUCCAGCAACUCUCACAUGGAGCUCCACUGCCAGAAUCCUCCUCAGUGAGAGCAGCAAACUACAGGAGCUCAUCAACUCUGAUCUGAACUUCACUGCUGCUCGGCGGCACCACAGAGUCACUUUCACCUGCUCUAUAAGCUACCAGCUGCAGGACAACAACAGAACAGCUCACAGCAGCAUCACAUUACAUGUGCAGUAUGCUCCUCAGAUCCUAAACUCCAGCUGUAACAUUGGGAAUGUAACUGUGUGUUUCUGCGAGGUUGAUGGGAAUCCGUCUCCUGUAGUGGAGUGGCAUCUGUCUGGACGUCUCAUCUUGAACUCUUCAAACACGUUCAUCAGUGAAGAGCGAUUAAGCAACACAAGCUUGAGGAGCGUCAUCUCUUUACAUCAGUCUCUCACACACACAAACACUCUGCUGUGUGUCAGUAAAAACACUCUUGGCAAUGCAAGUCAUCUGUUUCAACAUCUUCCAUCUACUGCAUGUGAUACAUGUUUGAGUUAUACCUUUAUGCUGAUUGGUGUUCCUGUUCUGGCUUCGGCAAUUUUGGUGUCUGUCAUUAUAUGUGUACGAAAAGCGCGUGGGAAACUGCAACUAGCUAAAGAAGAAGAAUGGAAAAAUGGAAGCAGUCAAAAUGCAAUCAAGGAGAAUGAAGGAGACUCUAUUUAUGUCACGAUGUCAUCUGUUGGAACAGCCAAAGAAAAUCUGGUGGUGGACAGCGUCUCUUGUCUUCAUGAUGACUAUGUAGUGAUAUAUCGUGGAGGAGCAGCAAAAGCAAAGAGUUCAGUGAAAGAGUCUUCAAAUUCAACAGAAGCGCAGGUGAUUGUAAGGGCAGAUGAGCUUACUAAACAAACACAGUCAAAGCAAUCAGAGGAAGAGCUGUUUGAAGAAGUCUCUCAGCUUUAUGCAAAGAUAAAACGUCGUAGUACAUAGAGAACUGGAGUCUUUUCUAUCCCUCUGUUUGCUUUCUUCUUUACAAUAAUUCACACAUACCACCAUCGAAAAAAAAUGGCCAGUGACCUCUAUAGGAACAACAAAAACACUAUUGACUUCAAUGACUGCUUUUUCAAAAUCAAAGAGUCAAAGCAAUUAGAGUCAAAGCAAUCAGAGGAAGAGCUAUUUGAAGAAGACUCUCAGAUGUAAUCAAAGAUUAUAUGUCGUAGUCCAUAGAAAUCUAUCUUUGAUAUUCUUCUGUUUGUUUUCUCCUAAAAAAUAUUUCAGAUAUAUAUAUAAAGCAGCAGAAAUCUUUACUCUUAGCCUCAUCAUUGCUAAUACAGCUUUGCAUUGCUGACAGAUUUAAAACAAUUGAACAAACAAAAAGUAGUUUGGUUCUUACACACACCGAACUAAUUUUGAUUUUUUUUUUAUUCAUCUUUUACAGAAUGCAAGUGUUCUUGUAUUUUUAUAUAUAUUUAUAUUUUUAAUCAAAUGUGUCAUUGUCUGAAUGGUAAAACCAUAGUAAGUACCACAGUGAAAACAGCAAUAUGAUACAUUUGAUAGUUUAUAGGAUCUUAAAAAUUUUAUUGAUAAAUUUCUCAGAUUCACAGUGACCGGGAGGGGCCAUGUUUGGUUCACUUAGUUUUGUCAUGGCCACAUCAAAUUAAUAAAUAGGAACAUGAUAUUAACUUGUUGGAAUGUGAUAAUAUCUUGUGUCAUGGCCCCGAGAUCAUUUUGUCAAGGUAAUAUUAUAUUUACAUCACGUUCACGACAUGUGAAAUUGUGGCCAGUGUCUUCCAUUAUUUAAAAAGAAUCAUUUGUGAGUGAAAAUAAUGGGAAACUUUCUUAUAAUAAUCCCUUGCUUUCACAUACUAUAAUAUAAUAUAAUAUAAUAUAAUAUAAUAUAAUAUAAUAUAAUAUAAUAUAAUAUAAUAUAAUACUGUAUGUUU